CUCGGACAGGCGCAUUGCUCUGCCUCUUAACAUCGUUGACUGCGCUUUUACCUGCCGGCUCUUUUUCUGUCAGUCUGGAGAAACGGGGUGUUUUAAGUCGCAGAACUGUCUCAGUUUGGAUCUUAAUACAUUAUUUACAACGGUGACAUCCAAGAUUUGACUUUAGGCUAACACGAUUUCAUCCUGGGGAGAAGCAUCACCAGCACCUACCAUCUACCCCCUCUGACCUCACACAGACACUUGGGCACAGGCUCUGGGAGAGUCCCGUUGGAGCAGGAUGAAGGAGCCGUGGAGAGGCCUCUUGGCCCUGGGCCUUCUGACCUGCUCUGCUCUGAGCCUGAGUGCUGUAAACCCGUUUGCUGGACAGCAGGCCCCUCUGGACCCAUGCUACGACGACACAGGAGCUGCACGCCGAUGCAUCCCCGAGUUCAUCAACGCAGCGUUUGGCAAAGAGGUGGCCGUGUCCAGUGUGUGUGGCCGCCCUCCCUCUCGCUCCUGCAGUGUGGUAGAGCGAGGAGAUGACCGACCGUCUGUUCGUACUUGUCAGAUCUGUGAUGCGGCUGACCCCCGCCGUGCCCACCCGCCCUCCUACCUCACAGACCUAAACUCUGCUCUGAAUCUCACCUGCUGGCAGUCGGAGAACUUUAACACGUCCCCUCACAACGUCACACUCACUCUGUCUUUGGGAAAGAAAUUUGAGAUCACCUAUGUGAGCCUACAGUUUUGCUCCCCACGGCCAGAGUCUAUGGCCAUUUACAAAAGCAUGGACUACGGAAAGACCUGGAUGCCCUACCAGUUCUACUCGUCUCAGUGUCGCCGUAUGUACAACCGACCCAACAGAGCCACCAUCACCAAGCUGAAUGAGCAGGAGGCAGUGUGCACAGACAGCCAUACAGAGCUGCACUCUGCCUCUGGGGGGCUCAUUGCCUUCAGCACUCUGGACGGGAGACCCUCAGGGAAGGACUUUGACAGCAGCCCAGUGCUGCAGGACUGGGUCACUGUCACUGACAUACGAGUGGUCUUCAGUCGCCCACAGAUGCCCCCAUUGCCCCGGGACCACAGCACGGGGAGGGAGGAUGAGCCUGUGGCGGUCCCAUCCACUAUGGCUACUUACUUUUAUGCAGUAGGAGACUUCCAGGUGGGAGGGAGGUGUAAAUGUAACGGACAUGCCUCUCGCUGUCUAAAAGACAAAGAAGGCAAACUGGUGUGUGACUGUAAGCACAACACAGAGGGGCCAGAGUGUGACCGCUGCAAACCCUUCCACUACGACAGGCCAUGGCAGAGGGCCAGUGCCAGGGAGGCCAACGAGUGUCUGCCAUGUAACUGCAACCUGCACGCCCGCCGCUGCCGAUUCAACAUGGAGCUGUACAAGUUAUCAGGACGGAAGAGUGGAGGAGUGUGUAUGAACUGUCGCCACAACACGGCAGGACGCCACUGUCACUACUGCAAAGAGGGCUACUACAGAGACAUGGCCCGGUCCAUCACACACCGCAGAGCAUGCAAAGCGUGUGACUGCCACCCAGUCGGAGCAGCGGGGAAGACGUGUAACCAGACCACAGGCCAGUGCCCGUGUAAGGACGGAGUGACCGGCAUCACCUGCAACCGCUGCGCCAAAGGGUACCAGCAGAGCCGCUCGCCCGUCGCACCCUGCAUCAAAAUCCCCGUGGUGAACCCAACAACAGCCGUGAGCAGCACAGAGGAGCCAGCAGACUGUGAAUCCUACUGCAAGCCUGUCAAGGGAAACCUGAAGAUCAACAUGAAGAAAUAUUGUAAAAAGGAUUAUGCGGUGCAGGUGAACGUUCUGGACAUGGACACAGUGGGAGAUUGGGCCAAGUUUUCAGUCAACAUUGUGUCAGUGUACAAAAGCCGCGGGGAGCCCUUAAAACGUGGCGACAAUGUGCUGUGGGUGCACAUGAAGGACCUGGCCUGCAAAUGCCCCAAGAUCCAGAUAGGCAAGCGCUUCCUGGUGAUGGGCGGCAGCGAGGGCGGCGUCACGGCGGGGGGAGGUCCGGGGGCGGGGCCUGGCAGCGGAUCAACCAAUCAGGUGACGGGAGCGGAGCGCGUAGGGCUGGUGGCCGAUAAGAACAGCUUGGUGAUCCAGUGGAGGGACGUUUGGGCGCGGCGUCUGAGGAAGUUCCAGCGCAAAGAGAAGAAAGGGAAGUGUGGCAAGGCAUGAUGGGAAAAACCCUUCCCCAUGUGAACCCUGACAGGACAGCCCUGAGCCCUGGCCUGUCACUGGACACUGCACACUACAGACUGCAUGUACCAACUUUUUCUAAGGACCUCACCUGUGUAUAUUGUAUAAUUAUUAUGCUAUUUUUAUGUCGAUGUUUGUUAUUGUAUUGUCCAUGUGUUUUGGUUUGCGUUGGUUUGCCUUAAAAAGGGACCAUUAAAAAGGGUAUGAAGUGUCAACACAAAGUCCAUUCCCUUCACGACAACAGCACAACUCCACUGUUGGCAGACCCACUGACUCUGUGCCCUCCCUCUGUCCACUCUGUCCACUCUGCUCUGAAGUCAGGCUGCUGCUGGGCCCAAUUUAAAGGAAACUCCAAAUGAUCAUUGCAGUAGUCUUUUGAACCUUGAGGAACCAAGGGCUUUCUUUUGACAGCACAAACCUUAGUCCUACCACCUGGAUUAUACUGGCUCUAUGUGUCUGUGUAAGAGUCUACAAAGUCUCUGAAGGAGCAAUUAGAUUCAU